UUUUUCUUGUAGAACUUAAACGCAUCACCACGGAUGACGUAGUAGGGGAGGAAAAUAAACAUGGCGUCCGGACAGCAGUGGGUGUUGGUGGAAAUGGUGCAGGCAUUUUACGAGGCCCCUGCUUACCACCUGAUCCUGGAGGGGAUCCUCAUACUGUGGAUCAUCAGACUUCUCUUCUCCAAGACCUACAGGCUCCAUGAGACCUACAAACUGACAGAGAAGGAGAAGGAGGACCUGAUUGAGGAGUGGCAGCCAGAGCCUCUCGUUCCUCCCGUUUCCAAAGACCACCCCUCCCUCAAUUAUGAUGUUGUCACAGGUCCUCCCAGCCACAAAAUCAUAAUCAACGGAAAGGAGUGCAUUAACUUUGCAUCGUUUAACUUCCUGGGUCUCCUGGACAAUGAGCGGGUUAAGGAAAAAGCUCUGGCAUCUCUGAAGAAGUAUGGUGUGGGCACCUGUGGUCCCAGAGGCUUCUAUGGGACCUUUGAUGUUCACCUGGAGCUGGAGAGUCGUCUGGCCAAUUUCAUGAAGACCGAAGAAGCCAUUAUCUACUCCUACGGCUUUGCAACCAUUGCCAGUGCGAUCCCUGCCUACUCCAAGAGGGGGGACCUCAUCUUUGUGGAUGAAGCCGCCUGCUUCUCCAUCCAGAAGGGUCUCCAGGCGUCCCGCAGCUUCAUCAAAUACUUCAAACACAACGACAUGGAGGACCUGGAGAGGCUGCUGAAGGAGCAGGAGCUGGAGGACCACAAGAAUCCUCGUAAAGCUCGAGUGACCCGGAAGUUCAUUGUGGUGGAGGGGCUGUACAUCAACACUGCAGACAUCUGUCCUCUGCCUCAGCUGGUGAAGCUGAAGUACAAGUACAAGGUGCGGAUCUUUCUGGAGGAGAGCAUGUCGUUCGGAGUGCUGGGGGAGCACGGCAGAGGAGUCACUGAACACUUUGGGGUCAAUAUUGAUGACAUUGACCUGAUCAGUGCCAACAUGGAGAACGCUGUGGCAUCCAUCGGAGGAUUCUGCUGCGGCCGCUCGUUUGUCAUCGACCACCAGCGUCUGUCGGGUCAGGGCUACUGCUUCUCCGCCUCGCUGCCCCCCAUGCUGGCUGCUGCUGCCAUCGAGGCGCUCAACAUCAUGGAGGAGGACCCAGAUAUCUUCUCUGUCCUGAGGGAAAAGUGCAAACACGUUUACAAUGCUCUACAGGGGACUCCAGGUCUGAAGAUAGUUGGAGUCCAGUGUGCCCCGGCUCUCCACCUACAGCUGGAGAGGAGUUCAGGCUCCAGAGACUCGGACAUGCAGCUGCUGCGCUCCAUCGUAGAAUACUGUAUGGAGAGAGGCGUGGCACUGACGCUCGCUCGUUACCUGGAAAAAGAGGAGCGUUUCCUCCCCUCGCCCAGCGUCAGGGUGGUGGUCACCAUCGAACACACGGAGGAGGACAUCCAGAAGGCCGUGUCCUGCGUCCAGGAGGCGGCGUCAGCCCUCCUCAAGUGACCUGCAGUGGCGACCCUGCUGAAGCUGCACACCUGAGUGCCGUGUGCAGAACUGAGGAGCUCUGACCCACCGACAGGAGGACCUACACUGAUGAACACACACUUUAUAUCUCGCUUUCCUUUGUCUCUUAAUGUGCCUCUCUCUCGUGUCAUUAUCAUACUGCAUACAAACAGGAAGUGUCGCAGCUGGCUUCCUGCUUUAAACAACAGCAGCCUCCAGUCACUAAUAAAUAAAAGCAGCUGCGUGCAGACUUCAUCUCCACAGAUCAAACGACUUGGUGCUUGCUGCUGACUGAACAGGAGAUAUUGUGCUCUGCGUUUUAUUUAAUAUGUCUGCUAUAGACUGUAUACAUGAGGGGGUGUGAUUGCUAUGGUUGUUCUACCAUGAAUGGAGAGUUUUACAUCUCUUAUUGUGGUAAGUCUCAUUGCAUUUACACCGUUUUACUUUUAAUAAAUGUAAAUAUAUAUGAUUUAAA